AUGGUAGAAGUUUAUGAGUUAUGGAUUGUAAUAGUUUCAAUCAUAGUGCUCAAGCUAUGUCAUUGCAUCUAUCAAUGGAGCAACCCAAAGUGUAAUGGAAAACUUCCUCCAGGGUCAAUGGGGUUUCCGAUCAUUGGAGAGACUUUUCAGUUCAUGAAACUUCAUGACGCUCUUCAGUUUUCAGCUUUCGUCAAGGAGAGAAUCCCCAGGUUCUUCUCCUUAUUUACUAGCAUGCAUUACAAUUUCAUUUGCAUACAUGGACCAGUUUUUCGGACAAGUUUAUUGGGAGGCAAAGUUAUAAUCUCGAUGGAUAAUGAACUGAAUAUGGAGAUAGCAAAGACAACUCGUAUUCCUGGUGUCCCGAAGAGCAUAACACGGCUAUUUGGCGAUAACAACUUGUUUGUGCAGAGCAUAGAAUCCCAUAAACAUGUCCGGAGCUUGACAUUCCAGUUAUUGGGUUCACAAGGUUUAAAAUUGAGAAUUAUGAGAGACAUCGAUCUCUUGACUCGCCAAUACAUGGAGGAAGGAGCUAGGAAAGGCUUCCUUGACGUCAAGGAAACAUUAAGCAAGAUAUUAAUUGAAUGCCUUGCAAAGAAAGUUAUGGGUGACUUGGAACCAGAAGCGGCUAAAGAACUCGCACUUUGUUGGAGAAAUUUUCUGAGUGGCUGGUUUCGUUUCCCUUUCAACUUUCCUGGGAUGGGUGUAUAUAAUAUGAUGAAGGUGAGAAAGAGGAUGAUGAAAUUACUAAAGGAUCUAGUGUUGAAGAAGAGAGCAUCAGGAGAGGAGUUCGGAGAGUUUUUUAAGAUCAUAUUUGGAGAAAAGGAUGGAGGAAAGGAAACAAUGAGCGUGGAGAACGCGAUUGAGUACAUAUAUACUUUCUUUCUGAUUGCUAACGAAACAACUCCGCGGAUUCUUGCGGCUACAGUAAAGCUCAUUAGCGAAAACCCUCAAGUCAUGCAAGAGCUGCAAAGAGAGCAUGCAGAAAUUGUCCGGGGUAUGACUGAUAAGGAGGCUGGCCUAAGAUGGGAAGACUACAAAGCGAUGACUUUUACUCAUAUGGUGAUCAAUGAGUCACUUAGGAUCACAACCACAGUGCCUGUAGUGCUUAGAAUACCUGAUCAUGACAUCAAAGUCGGUGAUUAUACAAUUCCAGCUGGUUGGACCUUCAUGGGCUAUGCUAGUGUCCAUUUCAAUCCAGAAAAGUAUGAGGAUCCUUUAGUAUUUAAUCCAUGGCGCUGGAAGGGGAAAGACUUAAGUGCGCUAGUCUCCAAAAAUUACAUCCCCUUUGGCGCUGGCCCUAGACUUUGUGUGGGGGCUUACUUUGCUAAGCUGUUGAUGGCAAUUUUCAUUCAUCAUUUGUGUAGACACAGGUGGUCAAUGAAGGCAGACACCAUAGUAACUCGAAGCUAUAUGCUUAUGUUUCCGCAUAGAUGUGAUGUUUAA